CGGAAUAUACGUUGUGAGUUGAGACAUUACACUUAUAGAACUUAAAAUUUCCAUUUAAUUUUUUGGUUCUUCUGAUUGUUUCUGUAGCCUAAUUAUUUCGUGUUAAUUUAAAAUGGCUCAGUUCUUUAAAAAGUUGAAUAACAAUCAGCUAUUCCCAGUGUUGGGUAUUUGUGCAGUCGAAGAUCCUAGUGUUGAGGUAUUUAUUUUAAAAUUGGAAAUUAUUUCUAGUACUUUACUAUUUAUCUACAUAUUACUUAUAUAAUAUUAUUUACUUAGCCUACUUGUAUAAAAAAUUAAUGCAUUACAUAACUUUUGAACUCUUUUAAAAACUAAAUAAUUUACCUACUACUAUUAUAUGAAUCUAGGACUUUUCCUCUACAUACUUUAAACAUUUCUGACACAGAUCAAUAAAAUGUAAAAAUAUACUAUACUAUUAUACUAUACUAAAGACUUACAAGGGCCAUCAAUUUUUGGUAUGAUCUGGUUCAACAAUUUUUUUUUGCCUGGUCCAAUCUGGUAUAAAAUAUUUUGUGAAAAAAAAACUCCGGCCCAGUUUGAUGAUAAUGCUAAUCUCUUUAAAAGCCAAGUCCAGUCUUAGGUUUUUUUUUGUAAGCCUGGUUUAAGUGUAUUAUUAAAAAUAUCUAUGACAUACCUACCUUUAAUAAUUAAUGAUAACAAUGAUGUUAACUGGCUUUAUAUACAUAAUUUUCCUGCUAAGUUUGACGAAGACCAGUUGGAUCUAACAGAACAUACAUUUAAUUUAUCUACUGAAAAUUUAACAUAUUAAGUAGAUCUAAAUAUUUAAAAACUAAAAUAACAUUUAGAUUAGACAUAUGUCAAUUAAUGAAUGGAAUAGCUGGACAAUUUGUAUAAACUUAUUUGAACCUACAUUUCUUCCAAAACCAAUUGAUUAAUUGUCUUAUUGUUUUAUUGAAAAUCUAUAUAAGCAGUAACUGCAUACAAUUUCAAUCAAUACUGUACUUACUACUCGAUACUAGUUAUUACAAUAUAAUAUCAACAAUAUUCAUUAUAUGUUUUAGGUACUUCAUUAAAAUAAAUUAUUUUAAUGUUUUUUUAUUCAAAUUUAAAUAUUAACUAUUUAAUAAUAAAAUCCAAUCAAUUUAAUUAGUUUUAACCUAAAAUUUAUUUUUAUAUACAAAUUCAAAAUUUUUGAUGUAAAAUAAUUAAAGAGUGUUCUUAAAAAAAUAUUAUAGUUAUUUUCUUCAUGUUAAAACUGCAUAAUAUAUUAUGGUUGAUAUAUUUAACAAAAAUAGAUUUCUAUGAAAGAGCUUUGAAAAUUUUAAUUUCUGAUUUAAAAAUUAAGGGAAUUUACACUACUUCCUUAGAAGUUCAUACAAUGUUUUUUAAUUAUACGCCCAGCUGCACUAAAACUUCUUUCGCAAGAUGCACUUAAAGCAGGUAGUCUUGACCUGGUCUAUUAUAAAAUUCCAUGACAUUAAAAAGCCCCAUCCAAUCCUUUGAAUUUCGAUGAGAUUUGAGAAUUUGAGAAUAUUUUUUUGUUGAUAUUUCAUUUAUACUUUCUUUAAUUUUUAUAAAUUGGAUUAAAUUAUUUCAGUAAUUAAUUUUUAAUAUAAUUUAGUUACUCUUCAGUUCCAAGUUUUGUAAACAUUAAUAUAUAAAGUUAACCUAGAAAAAUUGAAAAUCAGAGUAAAAUUGCUGGUAGAAAAGUUGUCUACAGAAAAAAAAUAAAUAAACAUUAUUGUAAAACAAUAACCUUCUUCAUUCCACUCAGAAUCUAAAAAACAUUAAAUUUUCUGUGAUGUUUAUUUAAUUAAUUUUUUUUCAUAUACUAAUUAAAUUUUUAUUCCCAUAAUUAUUGCUUAAUAUUUUUAAUUUUAUUAUUAUACAUUGUUAACAGUUAUAAUAAAUCUAUUACAUUUACAGAUAACAUCAAAUUAUAUAAAAGAAUUGGAACAGUUCAAGAUUUUUGAAACUGUUAAAACUGCAAUCGAUUUGGGGUAUCGUCAUUUUGAUUGUGCUCCUUUUUACAACAAUGAAAAGUUUGUAGGAAUGGCUAUCACUGAUAAAAUUAGAGAAGGAGCUAUAAAAAGAGAAGAUGUGUGGAUCACUGGCAAGGUAAGUUAAAAAAAAAAAUAAAAGUAUAUGCUUUGAAACUUUAUUAAUUAACUUUAUUAUUACAUAACUUUUGUUCUGAAAAUAGUUAUCUGCAUUAAUGUUGUAAAGUUUCAAUACCUUCAGUGGUUUUUAAUCAUUCAUUGAGUUUUAAUGUAAUUUUAAAAUAAAAAUUUUAAUUACUUCAUAGGCUACAUUUUUAUAAUUAUUUCCUCUGUUUAAAUUUAAAAAAAAAAAAAGAAGUUUAUGUAGAAGUACUAUGAGACUUAAAAAUUAGCUCCCCUUAUAAUAAUUGUAAUCAAACUAUUUUGUGAGAGGUUACACCCCCUCAUAUGGCACAACUCAAUAAUCAAAUAUAUCCACUACACUAUAAUAUAUCACAUAUAUAUAUUGUCACCCAAUAUUGCUUCACCAUCCAAUCCUCGGUGACCUAUUAAGAAAAAAUAGAAGCUGUAGACACUAAAAUAUUUUUAAAAAGAAUGUGGUACUUCAUCUCCCAACGACCCUCUCCAAUACAUGCAUUGAUUUAUACAAAAGGAUAUAUUAGGUAUAAUAUGUAUUUUUAACUAUAUGGAUUUUAAAUCCAUUAGGUUAACCUAUUGAAUUUUGUUGUAAAUGAAGUGAAUUUACUUUUUUACAUAAAUAAAUAAAUAAAUAAUAUAUUUUUUUUUUAGUUGCGAUUUAUAGUUUCUAUUAUUAUAAAUAUAAGUAGUAAAAUCCUAUAUUUUUUAAGUAAACAAUGCAUAAUAUCCAACAUUUUUAUAAAUUAUUGUAAUUUAUAUGUAAACUAUUAGAUCCCACGUAGGUAAUACAAAUAGUAUAAUUAGUCAGGUAAUAAAAUAUUAUAGAAUUCUACUACGUAUAAUUAUUUAAUGCUAUUUUUUGUAUUAAGAUAGUUUUGCUGAAGCACAUAACAUUGUUAAAUAUAUAUUUUUUUAAGGUUUGGAAUGACAAAUUGAAUCCUGAAGUUGAAGUGGAAGUUGCUUUGAAUUGUAGUUUGCGAGAAAUUGGCUUGACCUACCUGGAUUUAUAUCUCAUACAUUGUCCAACUACAGAAAUUGUAGGUUUUUAAAAUAGAUAUUAUUAAAAUAAAAAUGUAUUUAAUUAAUAUAUUUUAGGAAAAUCAAAAUGAUUAUAAAAUGUUCAUUGAUAAUAUCUGUGAUAUUUGGAAAGCUAUGGAAAAAUGUGUACAUUUGGGACUCACAAAGUCAAUAGGAUUGUCGAAUUUUAACGAAGCACAAGUGAAAGCUAUUUUAGAUAUAGCAACUAUUAAACCAGUCGUUAAUGAGGUAAUAAUUUUCUUAAAUUAUAUACAGUAUGAAUUAAUACAGCGGUACCCAUUCCACGGGUUGUGGCCAAUAGGCAGCAUGGUAUUGGGCUGCAAACACUGGAAGAAGGUCCAAGACAAAUUUUAUAUUAUUAUUUAUUAUACUGUAAAUUUCUGUAUUUUUAUUGAGAUUUGGUAAUAAUCCGACAAUUGAUGCUGUCACACAAUUUUAUUAAUUGUAGGUUUAUUAUCUAGUAUUCUAGUAACUAGAAUACUAAAUGAUGACAAAAAUAGACUAGAAUUUAGUUUAUAUUUAUCAUUUCUAUCGUAUUUUGCAUUUUUUCUUAUCGUAUGCUUGGUGUAGAGUGUUGGCAUGCUCUGUCUUUAUUUUAUUUUAUGUCUACGCUUGACAGCAAUUUACAAAAAAAAAAUACAUAUGUGUUAAUAAAUAUUAAAGAUAACAAUUAAAUAAUAAUAUUAUAAAGUAACAAUAAUGAAUAAUAAAAUACAAUAAUGUCUUAGUCGUUGUUUUUAUUUGUUUGAGUAGUUUUUCGGUGACAGUGAAUAUCAAAAAUCACUUCGAUUUUUUUUUUUUCCAUUAAAAACUAAUUUUUCAAUUUACAGGGAUAAAGAUACAUACAUUUAUAUAAAUAUAUAUUUCAAUUCAUUUUUUAUGGUGUAAAAAAAACUUAAAAUAAUAAACAAAUUUAUUAUUUUUGAAAAAUGUGAAAAUAGCCAUUUUAUAGAGUUUAUUCUUCUGAAACUUGAUGUUUUAAAUUAUAUUUUCAUUAAAUUUAUAAUUUUAGAUAAUUGCUUAAGUUCAGAGAAAAGUUCCUAUAAUUAUGCAGCAGGCUGUAAUUACUUUUGCUAAUAGAUUAUUAUUGUACCUAAUUGAAUGUACACUAUUUUUUCUCAACUUAAAAAAUUAUUAAAAAUUAUGAAUUUAAUGAAAAUAAAAAGUUGGUGCGUUCAAAUUUUUAGAGAGAUAAAAUCUAUAAAAUGGAUGUCUUCAAAUUUUUCAAAAAAAAUAAAAUAAAGUUAUUUUCUAAGUUUUUUACGAAAACAUAAAAAGUUAAUUGAAAUAUAAAUAUUUGUAGUUUUUAUCUCUGUGAGUAAUGUAAAAAAGAAUUUAAUCUGUAUUAUUUCCGGAGAUUAUAAUGUGUAUACUCCUAUAUCUUUGUGGAACACCCUGUAUUCAUCAUACGUAUAUUAAAGGUCUCCAUUUGUGUUUAUUUUUACCUGUAUAUUAGGAUAGUGGGCCUCAACACUUUUUUUUACAAAAUUAGUGGGUUACAGACCCAAAAAGGUUGGGAACCGCUGAAUUAUAUAUAAAAUAUAUUGUGUGAAACAUCAGAAUAAAAAAAAAAUAUUUAAAUUAUAUAGAUAUCAUUUAUAAAAUAUACUAAACUAAUUUUUAUGAAUUUGUGACUUUUUAAUGUGAAUUGUUUUAGAUUCAAUUGCAUCCUUAUCAUUCUCAAAAUGAACUUAGAGAGUUUUGUCAAAGUAAUAGUAUAGUUUUGACUGCUUGUGAACCUUUGGGAUUACCUGAAAAUGUUGAUGUAGCAUUGUAUCUUUUAGAAUAUUAUGUUGUGAAAACAAUAGCUAGAAAAUACAAUAAAACAAAUUUUCAAGUGAUAAUUAAAUUUCAGGUAAACAGACUUAUUUUUAAAUACAAUUUUGCUAAGCUAAUUAAUUUUAUUGAAUUAUUUAGAUGCAAAGAGGUAUUAUAGCUAUAGUAAAAUCGAUUGGUUCAGAAACCCUGGGGGAAAAUUUUGAUAUCUGGGAUUUUAAUUUAGAUCUAGAAGAUAUGGAUGUGCUUGAAACAUUUUAUUCAGAAUUUCAUAAUGUUCGUAGUAAGUUGGAAUUAUUGUAUUAAUGUUGAUUAACCCAAUUUGUAUUGGGUUAAUUAUUAUACAAUUUUAUUGUAUAAUUGACAUUUUUCAGAUAUUAGUGAUGGAGAAGACAAUGAUGAUGAAGACGGGGAAAAUGAAGACAUUCUGGUCGAUCCAUCUGCUAUAGAACAAUAAAUAUGAGUGAUAAUAAUGAUAAGAUUAGUACUAUAGUUCAAUAAUGUAUACCUAUACCUUUUAGGUGCCUAAUUUAUAUGUAAGUUUACUAUGUACAUAAUUUUAAUCACAUCUUUGGAUCUAUCAUGUAUAAAUAAAAAAAGUAAAUAAAUAAACAAAUAAAAAAGCAAAUAAAAAGUUAUUUUAUUUAUAGAAAUUUAUUAUGUAAUUACCUGGUAAAAGACACAUUUUUAUAUUAAAAUAAGUAUAAUAUAAGAUUCCUACUAAAAUAAGAUAAAAACAAGAUUAUUAAAAUGGUUAAUACUCGUAAAUAAAGUAAAUAAAUAUAUAAAUAAAAAGUAUAUGUAUGAAAAUAAAAUAAAUAAUUGAAUCAAUGCAUCGCCUGGAGUAUUAUGAUAAAUGUAUUAUACGACUGGUUUCGAAUUAAAAAUUCAUCAUCAGAUAUAUCACAGUCAAAAUGUAAAAUGCGAUUCCAGGCGUUUUCAUUUAUUUAUUUUAUUUUUAUAUAUACAUUUUUUAUUUAUGUAUUUAUAUACUAUAUUUAUUUAUUUUAAUUUAAGAUUCAUUCGUAUGAAAUAACCCAUCUUAUUAUAAAACACAUAUCAUACUUUUUAUUUUAUAGAAAAUAAAAAUAAUCUGCUAAUAAUGUAUGUUAAUUUAUUUAAAUAUUAUUAUUUAAUAAAAAACAAAC